AUUAUGUGAUUAUGCACCGCCUCGUAAUGUGCCACAACCGAGGAAAGAAAUGGCUUACGCAACAUUUGGAAGAGCGGUGGAAGUUGUACAAGCGGCGAACAGACUCAAGAAAAAUGCUACAAAGAAACCUGAUAGUGAUGAGGAAGAACUACAAUAA